AUGUUAGAGCAUUUACUUGAAAGCGCUUUAAUAAAGCUUUAUUAAGGGAAUUUUACUGAUUCUAAGCAAAUAGUUUAAGCAAUUUCAGAUAUUUUAUUAGAUGAAACUUUGGAUGAUUCAUAAAUAUCUCUAUGUAACUCUAAGAUUUUCAACAGUGACCUCAACUUGUUCACUUAUUUGGAAAACAAUAGGACAUAUAAAGAUAAUUUGUAGGCUUAGAUUAGAAAAGGAUUAUUUAGAACAAUAGCAGCAUAUAUUAAGUUAAGAAAGCUCAAAGUAUUUGAGUACAUUGAGCUAAUAUGUAAAAAUUGUAUGUCCUUGUUUAAGAAAGAGGAAUCAAAUUAGGCAAAGGAGACAUCGCUUAGUCCUAUUAUCAAAAUUAUUAAAUGUAUAGAUAACUCAGAGCUAUUAGAAAAAAUAAUUGAUCCUAAAAAUACGAUAUCAGCUUUACUUAAUGAAAUUAAAUUUUGCAAGCCAACUCAAAAAGUGAAAGGAUCAAUAUGGAACUUGAUAGGAAUCAUUUUUUAAUUUUUUACUGAUCAACUAGAGGACGAUCUAAAAGCAGAAAUACAAACUGUUUGUUUUAAAGAACUAUAAGUUCAAAUGGCAAGUUAAAAGCCUGAAGUAUCUUACGUUUCUGGCAUGUUUAAAUCAUUUAGAUACUCAUUAAAAGAAAUUCAUUUGAGCAACAAGGAAUUGGAAGAUCUUUAUAAGAUGAUUAAAAUUGGCAUAACAGAGAUAAAAGAUGUGAAAACAUAUUCAGUUAUUAAUAAUGCUUUGAAAGUGUUGACAGCUUAUUCUCAUAUUUUUAAGGUUCAGAUAUUAGAUGACUCAAAAGAAAUUAUUGAUAAGGUGUUGGGAUUAAUUAGCCAUAAUAAUAGAGAUGUUAAGGAAAAUGCAUCUGACUGUCUGGAAUCAUUAAUGGCACUACUUGCAAUUGAACUAGAUUCAAGUUAUAAGAACCAUGAGCUUUCAUUUAACUAUAUUAUCUAGAAGAUGAGUUUUCUAAUAAAUUAAGAGAGAUAACAAAUAUAUACUGCUUCAAUAACAGUCAUCAUAAAAUCUAUUGGUAUUUUCUCUAAAGCUAUAGCAAAGCAUUUAGGCUAAGAUUAGCUUCAAUUAUUUUUUAAGCAGAUGAUCAAUCUUUCUGAGGUUAGAUUAUUAAAGCACAUAGAAAAGGAUGGUGUUAAUAGUGUUGUUGAUUUUUAACCCGUUGAAGAUGAGACUAUGAAAAAAGGAACAUCAUUUAAGACUAUUUUAUAUAGAUAGAAAUAAGUCAUCUCUUUUAUUACCUCCUUUGCUAAUAUUAUCUCAUAAUUAGAUAAAUUAUAUGAAGAUGAGUCUCAGAGUCUUUUGAGAUUAUGCAUGGUUGGAUUUAAGCAAUUUAGUUCAUUCUAUGAGAAGUAUAAGGAACCACUUAAUGAGGGAAUAGUUUAACUGAUGAGAGAAAUGAAAAAACAUUAAUCUAUAUAUAUCAUCUGGCUUGAAAAUUUAGUUUAAAAUGGACUUGUGUAGAGCAUAAAAUUACCUGACAACUCUUUCUUGUCUAUGCAAGAAUAUUAUGAGACAUUAAAAAGUUGUAGCUAGUUUUGGAAGAGUCUUUUUAACUGCUAGUUGUGGACUGAUGAGACUCUACACCAUUUCUCUGCUCAAUUCUUUUAAUAUAUCAUCUAGCUUCUCGAAAAUACAGAUCUAAGUUACAAGGUUGUUUACACUUAGUAAAUUGAAGAAGAUGAGAUAAAAGAUAAAAACCAAAUGGAAAUAGAAUAAGAUAAAGAAAGCAAGAUCUAAGAUAUUAUAAGGGAAAUUCAAUAAGUUUAAUAUGUUGCAAAUAACGAAGUGGAUUUGCAAUUUUUCUACAGAGUCACACUGCUUUUUGACUCAGUUCUUCCUUCAAUUAAACCUGCACUAUUUUCAAAUUAUAUAUAUCAGUUCUACAAAUCUAUUAUCCUUAAACUUAGAAAGCUACCUAGAUCUAUUGUACUAUUGAAGCUUCUUAGGUGUUUGAAUGAGUACAUUGAAAAAAAUAAUAUCUUAAAAGGACUUAAAAAGUAUAUUAAGAAAGAUAUCACUAGCUAAAUUAAAAUAUUUUUCUCAGAACUGUACAAGAAUUUAGGAAAAUAUUAAGACGAAUUACUCAUUGACUGCUUAAAAACUAUGCUUAGUAUUCCAUUCGAAGUGCUCUUAAUAGAUAAUUACUCUUUUUUUAGGAAAAAUUUAAUUGUAGCUUUGAAAAAAGGCUUUGAAUUAGGAGUGUAAAAUGUUUCUAUGGGAUUUGCAGCUAUUGAAUGCUUACAGAAAAUUAUAAAAAGAAGCAAAAAUAGGGUUGUUUUUAAAUAUUUAAAACUAGUCAUUCCUUAUCUUUCUGAAUAUUUAUCAAUAACAAAAGGAGAACUUGAAGAAAUUACUUCUGAUAUGAAAUAUAAAGUACAAAGUAAUAACUAGUAAAGAGAUAUCUUUAACUUAACAGUUAGUGAACUAGGCUAAAGGAAGAAAGAUUUAAUUGAAAGGGUAACAAACUUACUGGGUGAUAUCGGAGGAGAAUCUCAUCUAAUUGUUCUUAGUGAAAAAGGGUUUUAAGGAAAUGUUGAGAGAUAGCUUUUAAGUGAGUUUGAAAAUUUGCAAAUUUCAAAGAAGGGUGUUUCUCUUAUUAGUUGGGAUUAUGAAGCUAAAGUUCUAUUCCCUCUUCCACUACUAGCAAAGAAAAUAGAUAUAAAUUUAACUAAGCUUCUCCCUCGUAUGGUAGAACUCACUCUUAAUCCUGAUGACAAAAUUAAGGUAUACGCAUGCGAAGCUAUUCAUGCAAUUACUAUUUACAUGAUUGGAACUUAAGCAUCAUCAAUUUAAGGAGGAUAAAAGAAGAGAGGAAGAGAUAUGGAAAAUCUAAUUAAGUCAAAAGAGGAAUUCUCAAAAAUAUAUUCUAAAUUAUUUCCUACAAUUUUUUCUAUUGGAAGUAAUUCAAGCCACCCAAGUUGCUAGUUAAUGAACUAGUUAAUACUCUAAAUUUCACGUUGGUUUGCUAACAGCAAAUAACUAGAGUCACCAGAAGUUGCAGAACUAUUAGACAACAUUAUGAAUUUCAUCUCUUCAAAAGAUAAUAAUAACUUGAGAGAACUUGCAGCAAAUUGCUUGGGUUAAUUCAUAAAAUGGACUCUGAAGCAAAAUACAGAAUAAGAAAUUAAGGUAAACCACAGCAAUAUUAAGUCAGCUUUAAGGAGAAUUAUUUCUUUUUCAGGAUAACCUGACCUUUCUAAGAGAUUUGGUGCUUUGCUUGCUCUAAAAGAAGUUGUUAAUAAUAUUAAAAAUGAGUCAUUUUUAGUUGAUAAAUUUAUAAUGGAGACAAUACAAACUUCUAUGAGAAUUGUAUAAAAGACGGGUGUAAGUAAUGAGGUUGAAGAUAAUUUCAACAUCUUGAUUAAGUUAUAGACAAAUAUUAUCUAAAAGAAUUAUAAAACUUUAAAGGCAAAGAAUGAAAACAGAAGUGGAUAAUUUAAACUGUUAGAUUCUCUUCUUGACUGGUUAUAUAGCUAUGGAUUUUUUAACUCGUCAUAUUUAGUUAGGAAAAGUUCUUUUGAACUUUGGCAAUCUAUUCUUAACAGAGAAGAUUCUGAUAUAAGCUGUAAAAAAUUUUUAGCUAAAAGAAAAUAAGGAGAUAACUUGUUUGGAGAUUAAAUUAAAUAACUAAAAUUAGCCAUAAACUCAUAAUCCUACUUCAGAGAGAUAAAUGUUUUACUAUCUCAGUUAGAUGUAGUAACUUUUAUCGUUAAAAAUAACUUCUUCAGUGUAUAAGAAGAGUUACUUUAAUUUGAGGAUAUUAUAGAUUCCUUUUGCACUAACAUAGAAAAUUUCUUUAACUCUUUAUUUAAGAUAUAAGAGUCGUAUUUAAAGUCUGAUGGAUUAUUGAUGGAAAUUUUACUUGAUGAUGCAGUUGAUAUUGACAUUUAAGAAAAUUAAUACUAAGCAGUUAUUAAUUUGUUUAUUAAGAUAUGUGAAUUUAUGUCUCUACUAUCUAACGACAUACUAAAUUUUACUACCUUUUUGGAUGUACUUUUAAAUAUCACCCUUGAAAAUAAAUACUCAAUAUUUUUAUAGAUGCUCCUCAAACCUAAUCAUUUAAUAAGAGGUAUGAAUAUUGAUAUCUUUUUAACAAAGAGUGAGCUUUAUUUCGAAAAAAUAACUCCUGUUAUCAAGGCACUAUAGGAGAUUACUCAAGAAGGAGUUGACUUCUUUUAAGAUUAUGUUUUAAAAGCCUUAGAAGAUAUUUUUAAAGGGAAUAAACCAUAAAAAUUUGAAGAAAUAAUUUCAGAUGAAUAAAAGCUCAAAGAAAAUGAGCUAAAAAUAUUCCUUGAGGGUAUAAAAUUGAUUUUCAAGCUAUGCUCAUAAUCUAGCCGUUAUACAAUUAGAUAUAUCGAAAAGGCUAUCUCAGGAAUUUUGAAUGGGGUUAAGUCUUCAGAAGAAAAUAUUUUAAAUAAGCAAGAUUCUUUAUUUAGAGAAAGCAGGACUCAACAAAUAUUUUAAUUCGCCCUUGAUAUAAGUAGUGAAUCUACAAAUGAAUUUAUAUUGCAAAUAAUUAGCUAAUAAAGUUAAUUCUUCCAGAAGUAUGAGAAUUAGCUGCUUACAUAUGUUAAAAGUAAGUGGAAUCUUAUAGGAUAAAAAUACUUGAUGCUUGCUAAAGAUAAUAUCUCCUUAUUAAAGCUGACGAUUCCUCUUUUAUAGAGCAUUAUUUAAUCUUUUAAUAGAAAAGAAAAGGAAGAAAGCUUGCUUAUUCUCAUAUAAAAUUUACCAGUUAUUAAUAUAGAAAGAAAAGAAGAUACCUUCUUGGAAAUUGAAUUGAAAUUAAACUGGCUAAUUAUGUCUUCAAUUGAAGGUCUGGUAAUUGAAAAAAAUUAUUCAGAUUAUGUUGAAAAAUUAAUUGAGGUUUCUCUUAAAGUUGAAAAAAGUUUAUUCAUUCAUGAGUAAGGAUUCAACUUGCUUGGGUUUUACUUGAAAUGCAUAAACAAUGCAGACUUCUUUGUAAAAAGGGGUCUUAGAGACAAAGUAAAUUCAGUUCGUUCAAAAUAUUUCCCUAUGAAAGUGAAAGAAUUAAAAAGAGAUUCAAAGCAAGAAAUAGACUUUAAAUCUAUUUUAGGAUGUAUGAUUAACAUGAUCAAAUUAGCAGGAUAGAUUGAGUUGCUUGAAAUACUUUUCCCUGUUAUUCGUGAAAGCUUAGAAGAACCUUAUCAUACAAAAAUAAUAACAUUCAUUCAAUAGUUUAUUAAAGAAAAUUUCAUGACCCAAACCGUUAAUAAACAACUCUAUUUUAUGGAAUGGGCAUUAGAUCAAUACAAAGAUAAAGAUUUGGACAGAAGUUUGUUAGAGUGCAUCAGAUAUGAAAUCAUUUAAAAGGUAUUACUCCACCUUAUUGAAAACGCUAAAGAAGAAGCUAAUGUCAAAUUUAUGGUAAAAAACUCACCCUAUCUAGAGAAAUUAUUUUACAAUACAGAUUUUAUGAAAUAAGAAAAUAUGAAAGAAGUUUUGAGAUGGGUGCAGGAACUUAUUUAAGUCUUCAACAUAUUCGAAAGUUUGUAUAAGGCUUUAAGCUUAGAUAAAAUAAAGGAUGAUGUGCAUAAGAAAUUAUAUCCAGAUACUACAUAAGGCAAUGAGCUGACUAAGAGUUUAAUAAAAAUAGCAUUUGAGUACAGAAAGAAAGGAUUUGAGAGAGCAGAUGAUAUAAAGAAUAAUGUUUAAAAUAAUCCUGAUCUUAUAGGUAUUGAUAGUCACUCAAUACUUAGAUUAUUCUCUUGUGCUGUUUAUAAUUGCUUAUCUUAAAUUAUCACAAAAACUUAAAAUAAAGAAAAUAUCUUGAAUUAAUUCUUAUUUUAAUAAAAGAACGAUCAUCUUUGGGAUCUUUUAAUUGAUGGUACUUAAAAAGAAUUUAAUUUUGAAAUAGAAACUAAUUUUGAAGAAAGAUCGUAUGCUCGUACCAGAAAUAUUUUUUCAAGGAUUCCAAAAUUCGAUACAAAAGAAAUUCUUUGCAAAAAAUAUUUAAAUGAGACAGUUCUUUGCACUUUUAACAAAACUUCUGCUUCAUAAGCAUUUUUACCCUCUUUUGCAAAUGAGUUGAUUAGCAAAAACAGUGAACACGAUAUAUAUGAAGACGAAGAAGAUGAAAGUGAAAAUAUUAUAUAAGAAACAAAAAAAUAUAUGCAGUAACAAUAAAAUUUAUUUUUUGGAGAUUAAACUGGAGAAAAUUUAGAAAUGGACUUAAUCAAUAGACAUCCUUGUAUGCCUACAGUUCUCACAAAUAUUGAUAAAAUGGUUUAAUAGUUCCCUCUUACUGAAGCUAUGCCCUAAUGGAUGACUAAUUUAUUAGAAGAAGUCAAGAAAGAUAGUUGCAGCUUAGGUCAAAAAAUAUUUAUAAUUAAAAUUGUUUUGAACAAGCCAUUGUUGUUUGAGAAAUACUCAUAACAGUGGUUUGAUGUGUUAGUUGAUUAUGCAAAAUUAAAUGAUAAUGGUUCAAAGUUCUUCCAUUACUUUUUAAGAGAUGUCACUACAACAUUAAUAGAUUGGUGUUCUAAAAAACCUAAUUUAGUAACCAGGAGAAUAGCUUCAGAUAAAAAGUAAAAUCUAUGCUAGGUUAUAAACAAAAUAUGCAGAGUUUUAGCUCACAAAGAAAAAGAAAUCUUUAAAUAAAAUAUUCAAAUUUUAAAGAAUUUAUUGGAUUUAUGGAAAGAGUGCAUUUAUGUUGAUGAAAAUUAGUUAACAAAGAUGUUAUUGCUUGAAGAUAAAGAAGACAAAGAAAAAUCAUAGUUAUGGAACCUAAAUUCUAUUUUAAUUUUAGAUGCUUGUAUUUAAUUAAGAAUUCCUAUACUUUCUAACUAUGAAGCAUUCUCAAGAGCACAAACUGUAGAAGAGAAAUUUGCUUUCUUCUUAAAUAUAUCUGAAAAAGAUAGACUCAAGAGACUAUUAUUAUUUUAAUAACACUCUAAAAGGCAAUACUGUAAAGCUGCAUCUGCUGUUUGUGGAGGCCUUUUGUCUAUGAUGCAUGAGUACGGUGGUUAAUUUGAAGGAAAGAGGAAAAUUUAUGAGCAGGAAAUAGUGAAUAAUUCUGUAAAUAUUAUAAACAAGACUGAUAAAACUAGCAAAGAAAGAUUCCCCAUUAUCGUUGCCUGCAUCACUUAAUACUACCCAGACUUUUUGAAUAAUAUAAAAAUUAUUACCUAUUGCCAAGACUAUAUCCAUUAAAAAAGUAAAAUGGACCGUGCUUACAUUCUACAAUCAAUUCUAAUUUUCUUGAAAAAGAAAUUAGACAAAAGAGAAAAUAUGAAAGAAGAUAUCCACAAAAUUUGUACUUCUUUUAGAGGAGUUGUUUAGAAUGUUGCAGAAGAUGAAAACGUUGAAAACUAAGAAAAAUUUUUAAGUCUUUUUGUAUUUUUGAGCAGUCCUCAAAUAUUGAACUCAUUCGAUGAUGCAAUACAAUUAAUGAGAAUCAGUAUUUCCAUUUUAAAACAGAAAUAUGAAAGGCACUAUCAAGAAAAAUUUGCUACAGCAUAUUACACAAUAGUUUACAAUUUAUAUGAUUACCUCAUCAACCAAGAAAGUGAUUUAAAAGAUAAAAAUCAGAUAAAUGAGAGUGAAGAAAUGAAUUAAUUCAAAUCUUAAGUUAAGUCAUGUAUCCUAUGUGGUUUGACUAGUCAACAUAAUACAAUCAGAGAAAAUACUUUCAAGUUCUUAGACAGGGAAACAAAUGACUCAAAAACGCCUUAUGAAAGGCUUUUAUACUUGAUUUAGGAAAUCUACUAGCCUGAAUAAGAAAGGCUAUGGUUAUUGAGUGCUGUCCCACUUAUUAUGUGUCUAUCAAAGAGGACUUCAGACUAUGACAAAAAUCUUUUUGAUGAGUAACUUAGUAAGUUAGCAUAGUUCUAUGAUUGGGAUUUCAGAGAUUCUCAUAACAUGAGACUUUACAAUUCAAGUCAGCCAUUGACUCCUCUUUACACCCUCUCUCAAGUUAAUUAUAAAGACUCAUAAGGAUUUGCAAUACCAGCUCCUCGUCGUAUGUACAAUAUCACAGGAGUUAGUUAGAUGCCUAUAUAAGAAGGAGUUAGAGCGACUGUUUAUAGUUAAUCCUAAGAUAACAGUUAAGGUGAAAUGGUUAUUCCUUCCUAAGAUCAAGCAAGCUAAAUGAACCAACUGGAAGAAAAGAGAUAAAUUUACCAAGAUUAAAUGAAAAGACUGGUCAAUCCUUCUCAAUAGAUUUCUUCAUCGUUUUCAUCUUCAAACAGAAACCCUUACACAUUUAAUUAAAGUUAGCUCUUUUUUGAUAAUAAAAUGAGUAGCAUCUCUGAAGAAAAUGAAGAUGAUGAAAACGAAGAAGGAGAAGAAAAGAAAAUUGAUUUAUUUGGAACUGAUAUACAAAGAGAAAAGAAGAAUAACAAUCUCAGCAAGUUCUUUGCAUCUCACUUAUUCGAUUUUAGCUAAGUCAAUAAAAACUCAACAAACAAAAUUAGAUAUCAGGACUCAAAAGAAGGAAAAACAUUAACUAAUACUGUUGACAUAAAGAAGAGAUAGCAACAGUUAUUUUUUGAAAAUCAAAAUAGAAUGAGAAAACAAUAAUUACAGACAAUCAGAAAAUAUAAAAUUGGUGAAUUACCUGAUAUUGGUAUCCUUUACAAGGAUAUUAUUGAUCCUCUGAUGGCUUUGAGUUUCAUCGAUGAAACCUUAGCUGGAUAAUUAUUCUAAUUACUAUUACAUUCUAUGUUUAUGAAAGAAGAGUCUGCUGAUAGAUAACAAAAGCUAAAAGAUAUUUUAUCUAACAUUUUAGCUAAGUCAAUUGUUCAUGAUUUCAAUUUCGUUUCAACUAUUCAUAAAACUAUGAUUAUGCUAACUAAAGAAGGUGAGUUGUUUGAUAGUAAUAUAAUUAAAUAAAGUGGGUUGCUUAGUCAUAGCUAUUACACAUCUAUCCUGCUACUGGAAGAAAGUCUUUUCUCGUUAUUCCAUAGGAUAGAUUAAAAUGAAUAGGCUGGUGAUAAAGAUGUUCUGAAGAAAAGAAAAGAAAUUCUUAAAAAUAACUAGAAGAAAGCUUCCAGGGCUAGAGGAAGAAAGGAAAUGCAAAUAGGUGAAGAUGAUUAUGAAAAAGAUUUAGAUGAAAAUGAAGAAGAUCUUGAAGAAGAAAGACUCUUAUAUGAAUCUAGAAAAAAAUAAUCUGAGAAGAAAAGAUUAGAAGUGAAUUAUUGGAUGGAUUUAAUUGACAUCUAUUCUCAUCUAAAUGAAAAAGAUCAAAUCAAAGGCAUUCUUAAAAAAACAGUUUCACACGAGGGAUAAAAAGAUAUGAUUGUUGCACUCGAUUUGAAGUUCUCAGGCUAAAUAUAAAAUUCUUUAAAAAUAUUGAAAGAAAUUAGCUCUAAAAAUAAAGAAAGUGAAAGAUAAAAUUAAUUUAGAAUGGCAAUAGAAGAUAAUUUGAAUAAUUAGGUUAGUUUAGAUGAUAGAAUUCAAGAGUAUAUUUAAAGUGAAUAUCAAGACACACUUGCAUUAAUGGGAAAAUGGGAUGAUCUUGCAAAUGAACUAAUUGAAAUCAAUAAAGAUGUUCUUGAAUAACCAGAAAAAAUAGGAGUAGAGAAAAUGAAAAUACUUAUGCUUUCUCUUAUGUAAUCUGACUCAGCUGACACAAGUAGGUGGGAAGAGUUGAAAGAUUAUGUAAAGCUUUGGAUGAAUACAGAAUAUGGUAAAAGCGUUUUAGAAGGUCCUCUUAGCUAUGAAAUGGCUCUAAUAACAAUUUUAGAUGGUGAUAUUGAUAGGACGAGAUAUUAUCAUAAAUUGAGUUAAAAUCAAUUCCUGAGGGUUUGGAGUAACUUUGGUAGCUUUGCUACAGCAUCUAAGCAUGAAUAUCUCUCUAAUAUUUAUAAGAACUACGAACUUAAGGAAUAUCUCCAUCUUGAUGGCAAAAUAGAAGCAACUUAUGAAGACUUUAAUAGCUUAUUCAAAAACUGGUAGAAUAGAAAACCUUCUAACACAUACGAUAAUUAAAUUUGCUGGGACUAGAUACUAAAUAGCAGAGAGAUAUUUGCUUUAGCUCUCUACUAAAAGUAUAAUUUGGAAGAUUAGUUUGUAAAUAAAAUAAGGUCUAAUUGGUAUAUUCAAAAUGUCAAAGGUAUGCUUAAGAAAGGAAUACACGGAGCUGCUGAUAGAAAAAUGAAAAAAGCAGCUGGCUAUAGAAAAGUUAUGAAUGGGUUACCUGAAUUUAAUUGGGACUACUACAAAAUCACUUCAAAAUUGAAACUUAAAUAAUUGGAAGUAGAUUUAAAAAAUGAUUAAAUCCCUGAGAACCCCUUUGAGAAAUUCAGCAAACUGAUAAAAAUUUUCGAGUAAGAGAAGGAGAAGUAUAUUCAUUAACUAGACUAAUCUCAAAUAGUUAAAUUCGAACAGCUUAAUAUUUAAGUGAACGAAAAAUUCAUUGAUGUUUAUUAAGAUUAUACCCUCACUCAAAUAGUUGAAGACAUUUUCUUAGAAAAAUAUGCAGAUGUGAUUAAUAAUAUUUACUGGGGAUAUAAUAAACUAUUUUAGAAUGAUAUAAUGAAAAAAGAUAUAGACUUAUCUAGCUAGAGCUAAUCGCUUAGUUAACCUUUUGAAAAUACUUUUUCUUUUAAAGGACCAGCUUCUCUUCCAUAGAUGGCUGGAAAUAAUAAUUUCAACAGCAGUGAAUAAAUUUUUGAAGAGAUCAUUCCAAUGAGGUUAAAGAGUUACAAAAGAUUUGCUAAUUUUUGUGAAUAACUUUUAAGAAUCAUUGAGUCUGAGAGCAGAGAUCACUUAAAAAAGACUUUGAAAGUUUAAUAUUAGCUAACUGUUGAGACUGUUGGCAGUUCUUUCUUGGAAUACACUCUCAAGUGCUUUUCUUUAAUGGGAGGAAUUAACUAAUUUGAACAAAAGUCAAAUAAAAUGUAAAUGGAAGUAGAAACAGGAGAAAAAAUAUAAGAAAAUCCUGAAAAGAGCUAAAAUCAGUCAAUUGAAUUUGAUUAGAAUAUGUCAAAUUUAGUGCUAAAAAUGUUAAGAAUUAUUUAACAAAUCCCGAAUAUGACAGGCUAAAAGUUUAAGGAGGCCAUAGAAUUACAAAUUAUUCCUUCAUGGAUAUUUAUUAGCUUCUUGCCUUAAAUGAUGCACAUUUUAAAGAAAUAGAAUUUAGUUGAAUUUUUCGAACCUUUGAUUAAAAAGCUUGCCAAAAACUAUCCUGAGGCAUUAAUUUACUAGUUUAAUACUAUAUUUAGCAACUAAACAACGUGCGAAACGGCUUUAUCUUAAGAAAUAUAUGAAGCAUUACACAAGGAAAUGCCUCAUUAUUAUAAUUUUAUGUACCAUUUGAAUCAAAUAACUCACCCUGAGCAUCGUUUGAUUUACUACCUUGAAUACCUAAAGAGCUAAUUUUUAUCAUUUUAGAAAAUUCACAACACCUAUAGCUCCUAAAAAGAUUAUGUUAAACUUAACAAGGCUGUUGAAGAAUAUCAGAAAAUUAUUGAUAGAAUUUUAAAAGAAACAGAAGAGGAUUUGUUCUAACAUAAUAUUAAUGCAGAUCAUAUGGGAAGUUAUAACAUCAAAUUUUCAAAGGAUCAUAUUAGCGAAUUCAAAAAGCUUGUUAAGAAAUUUACCGACAUAACAAAGGGAGAUGACUAAGAUAAAAAAGAAGCCUAUGAUUUCAUCAAAAAAUUCAGAGAUAAAGUCAACACAAAAGAUCUCAAAUCAGGCUAUGACAAACUUUCUAAUUUUUCAAGUUUCCUAUAAAACUUCUAAGCUGAUCACAUUAUUGAAAUUCCUGGGUAAUACACUUCUGGAGCAGUUAUUACUGAGCCAUACAAAGAGUCACACAUUAAAAUAUAAAGUUUUGAUUCAUAAAUUCUGACUCUCCAAUCAAUUCGUCGUCCCAAAAGACUCUGUAUAUAUGGCUCUGAUGAAAAAUGCUAUAAAUUUUUAGUAAAGGGGAUUGAAGAUUUAAGACUAGAUCAGAGAAUAGAGCAACUGUUUUAAGUUAUGAAUAAUAUUUUCGAAUAUGAUCCUUAAUGUCAGUCUAAAGAGCUGAACCUUUCAACUUUCAACAUUAUUCCGAUGACGAACAUCUUAGGUUUACUUGAAUGGGUUGAUAAGACAAGCGUUUUAAAGGAAAUAUUAAACAAAGAAUUUUAAGAAAAAAUGGGAAGCAAAGAAGACAUUGCUUAAGACAAUGAAGGGUUGAGAAUGAGAAGAGAAUGGCUUAAGCAACUAGACAGAAAAGGAGGUUUGGCUGAACAGCAUAUAAAACUAUAAUUAGAACCAUCAGACAAAAUCGAAUAAGCAUUCAAUGAAUAGGCUGAUUUGAUUCCAAGGGAUGUGUUUAGGAAUGCGCUUGAAAGACUAGCUUCUACUUGUGAAACCUAUUUGUACUUAAAAGAAAGAUUUAUAAGAAAUUAUGCUGUUGUUUGUGUUUCAGGAUAUAUUCUUGGUAUUGGUGAUAGACAUUUAGAAAAUUUCUUAGUAAAUUACUCUAACGGUGAUAUAGUUUCAAUUGAUUUUGGUUACAGUUUUGGUGCUGGUCUAGGACUUGCUGUCCCAGAGCUAAUGCCAUUUAGAUUGACAAGGUGCUUUACAAAUUUAAUGAGUCCUAUUGGAAUUAAUGGAAUCUUUAGAUAAUCAAUGAUCUCAUCAAUGAUGGCUUUAAAAAAGAAAAGAAACAUCUUACUUGAAUUCUGUGAAGUAUUCAUAAACGAUCCUUUGGUUGAUUGGGUUAAGCUUACAAAAGACAAAAAAAUGGGCACAAUUAUGUUUAGUGAGAAUAUUGGGCAUUUAGAUUCCACCAAGACUUAUAACGCAGAGCAGUCAUAAUCAUAAUAACAGUAUGGAUUAAGUACUAUGGAGGCUAGUCAAAUUGCUGAUCUAAUGAUUCAUAUGUAAAGAAUUGAUAUUGUAAAGCUAAAAUUAAUUGGAAUGAAUCCUUCUCAUUUAUUUACUGAAGAGUUAUCUUCAACAAGACAUAAAACUGGAAACUACUUUUAGCAUUUAAAGUCUGCUUUAAAGGGAAAACCAAAAUCGAUUAGAAAUCAAUAUAACGAAAAACAAUUUUUAGAAGUACAUGAACAAGUAGAUUGUUUGAUAGAUUUGGCUGUUGACCCAAAUAUUAUAGGAAGAGUUUGGAUUGGAUGGGCACCAAUCAUAUGA